GUUGAUCAAUUUGCUACUUUCCAAAUAGUGUUUCGGUCUUUGGAGGAAUAGUGUAUGACGUAGCUUUACUGCGCAUGCAAAUAAUAGAACAAAUUGAUAUUGUGAGGAAAUUAGUUGCUAUUACAAUUGCGAAUGUAUUCAAGAACUGGCGUAAACACGAUGAAAAUGUAAAUCAUAAUUUGCUUGGAGUUGCUGCAAUUCCCUUUUGGUGUACCGCGCAGGCGCAGUGGUCCCCUGUACCUUAUAAAUUUUUAAUGGCAAUGGCUGCGUUUCUCAUCUAAACAUCUCAUGCGAAACAACAAACCUAUAAAUACGACAUUUCUUUGCACCUCUGACAAAAGGCGUUAUCGAUUUAGUAAUAGUAAUCGAUCGAUUGCGAUCUACGAAAAAUGGAUCGGCUGUAGAAUUUGAAGAUAGAAGAUCUGUCAUUUUUAACCCUUUGCAUUCCAUGAUCCACAAACAAUCGAGCAGAAGAUGAUACGUCAGGUGACCAACAACAAUGACUAUUGCAUGAGUGGCAGGCCGUCAUGCCUGGCAGAGGAUGGCCGACACCCCACCAGUCACUUUGACCUAUGCACUGCCCAGUCCAACAAGUUCUACCAAGCUCCCCCGCCCCCUCCCUUGCAAAUGACCUUGCCCCCUCUGCCCCUGCCACCCCAGAACAACCUGAAACCCAUGCCUUGUCAGAGGCAGAAUGGCCUCAGUGAACCUCACCCCCAAGCUGUUGGAAUUACGAACAAUGAAAAGCCAGAGGACUCCAAGAAAAAGAAAAACCCGGGGAGGUCUGGAAGGAGAGGAAGACCUUCGGGGACCACUAAAUCGGCAGGUUACAGGACCAGCACAGGGAGGCCUCUAGGAACCACCAAGGCUGCCGGCUUCAAGACCAGCCCAGGGAGGCCCCUGGGAACGACCAAGGCAGCGGGAUAUAAGGUCAGCCCUGGUAGGCCCCCUGGCAGUAUCAAGACCCUGUCUCGCCUCAACAAACUAGGCUAUGGUACGUGUAGCGCCGCAGCAUUCCCCUACACUAUGAUGAACAAAGGCAGCCUCUGCGAACCCUCUUGCAAGGAAAAGGAGACCAACGAGUAAAGUCCUACUUUUCUCAUGGCUUGUUGGAGAAAUAAAAGGCUGCAUGUCCUAAGUGCUGUCAAAUAGAGGGGUUGUUUGUACUGUUUCCCUGGUUGAGUGUACAGAUGUACUAUUACUGGCAUGUGCCUCCUGUGUGUGCAUGCUUCUAUCCAAACCGGAUUUCUAUGUAAUAUAGAGUAUAGCUUAAACACUACACUGAGUGGACAAGACAUAAGGAACACCUUCCUAAUAUUGAAUUCCCCCCCCCCCCCCCCCCUUUGCCCUCAAUUCAUCAGUGCAUGGACUCUACAAGGUGUCGAAAGCGUUCCACAGGGAUGCUGGCCCAUGUUGACUCCAAUGCUUCCCACAGUUGUGUCAAGUUGGCUGGAUGCCCUUUAGGUGGUGGACCAUUCUUGAUACACACAGGAAACUGUUGAAUGUGAAAAACACAGCAGCUUUGCAGUUCUUGAUUACAAACCGGUGUGCCUGGCACCUACUACCAUACCCCGUGCAAAGGCACUUUGUCUUGGCCUUUCACCCUCUGAAUGGCACGCACACAUACACAAUCCAUGUCUCAAUUGUCUUUAAAAGUCUUUAAAGGACUUUAAAAUCCUUCUUUCACCUGUCUCCUCCCAUUCAUCUACAAUCCAUGUCUCAAUUGUCUUUAAAGGACUUUAAAAUCCUUCUUUCACCUGUCUCCUCCCAUUCAUCUACAAUCCAUGUCUCAAUUGUCUUUAAAGGACUUUAAAAUCCUUCUUUCAUCUGUCUCCUCCCAUUCAUCUACAAUCCAUGUCUCAAUUGUCUUUAAAGGACUUUAAAAUCCUUCUUUCACCUGUCUCCUCCCAUUCAUCUACAAUCCAUGUCUCAAUUGUCUUUAAAGGACUUUAAAAUCCUUCUUUCACCUGUCUCCUCCCAUUCAUCUACAAUCCAUGUCUCAAUUGUCUUUAAAGGACUUUAAAAUCCUUCUUUCACCUGUCUCCUCCCAUUCAUCUACAAUCCAUGUCUCAAUUGUCUUUAAAGGACUUUAAAAUCCUUCUUUCACCUGUCUCCUCCCAUUCAUCUACACUGAUUUUCAAGUGGAUUUAACAAGUGACCCCAAUAAGGGAUCAUAGCUUUCACCUGGUCAGUCUAGGUAAUGGAAAGAGCAGGUGUUCUUAAUGUUGUUUUUGUAAAUUCUCAGUGUCUGUGAUAUAGGUAUAGCGUAUACAUUAUGUGAUGAAGAAAUGCGGGUGUACAGUACACUAGAGUAGUUAUUGUUUGACAUGAGAAAGUAAACCCAUUAUCUGCCACAGAACUGUAAUUCACCUAAAAGGAUUCCUGUUAAUCCAAUCUCUAUGGUUUUGCAGUGUCUUUUCUCAAUGAACGAAUACAGUAUGAAUUUUAUGCUGAUGUUAACAGUAACAAAAGAAAACAGAACUAUCCCUUAAUUAGGAUGUUACGAGUCUACACAAAUUAAUCUAUAUUUGAAUUUGAACAUGGGGAAUUUGAACAUUGUUGAUACAAAUCACAGCAGAUGGUCAGUCUUUGUUGUUACUGUCAGAAUGGCUACGUAUUGAGGCUGUCCUACUAUGAAAUCUCUGUAGAUAGUUUUAUACUGUGAAAUGGCUAUUGUUUUUAAAUCAACAGAUCCUGAAGGUGCUAUGUAUCUCAGAAUGUAUUGACAUGGUUUCUAUUACGGCUGCAGAGCAAACUAUUGUUUCAUAUGAACCACUCUAUUAAUAGGUCUACACGUGACUAACAUGGCCUGGGGGUGCGUUCAGCAGGAUGUUGUUCAACGUUCAGAUAGAAAAACAGCAUGUAGAACAAACACGCCUCUCUGACACGUAGAAUAAGGCAUUGUGUCAGCUCUUGUUUCUAUCUGCUAGGUUCCAGAACGUUUUAUUUCUAUCUGAUAGGUUCUAGAACGUUUUGACUACUGAAUGUGACCUGUUGCUGGUGUCACAGUGGUGUCUGUAUGUGUUGGUCUAGUACUACACCAAAUAUACCAGCACAAUUCCUCACAGGAAGAGAUCCUCCAGUCCGUUUCAUUGGGUUCCCUUCGUACUGAAACGCAACAUUUUUACACCAUUUUAAUUAUUAUUUUCCUUAUAAUUUGAAUAUCAGACAAUCAGCAACUAGUGUCUCCAUAGGUGCGGAGUGUUGUUUACCUGUUACUUUGGAAUUAUUGAUCGUUUUUGAUAGCUAUGAUGAAUACACAUCAAUAUAGUACAUGUCACUGUAAUCCCAAUUACAUAUUUACAUUACCAUGCAUUUAAAAUAAUAGAGGCAUACUUGCUUCGGAAGUUUUUUUUGUUCUGUGAUUUCUGAGGGGAACCCAUGGGAUGUUUUGGAGAAUCAAGGUAUUUUUGAGUAGGGGAUAUUUUUUUUUGGGGGGGGGGGGACUUCUUAUGGGAAUGGCUGGGUUUUUGUGUUUUGUAAAUACCUGAAAUAUUUCCUCUAACUUGGUCUUUUUCCCCUGUUUUACCUCGGAGCAAGGAUAGUGUCAGCUGUCCUGUGUUGUCAAUUGUCAGUGCAAUGUUUUGUGUUAUGAUUUAUUCUCUAUCACCAUCUUGAAGAAGAAGAAUAAUAAUAACAACGUGUAUAGUGCUUUUCAAUACAAGAAACACAUUGCUUCACAUUAUAAAAGAAUACUAUUCUUUCAAAUAUGAUCAUGUUUAUUAUUGAAUUGUGUACAGCACUUGAGGCCUUCUCAUUGAAGACCCACACAAUAAUUUAUGAUUUGUCCAUUGGAGAGAUUAGUUGCAUUUGGAUGUAAAAUAAAUUAUUCAUUUUUUUUUUAUUGAAUAAUGAUGACAUAGGGUACUACUAUGUUCAAAUCAAUCUAUAGUGUUGUAUCAUCUUAACCAAAGAAUCAGAUGUUUUCUGCCUUCCAGUUUGAGAUGUUUAAGUAAAUGCAUGCUAGAGUAGCCCAUAACAACUAAUCAGAUAUUUUGAACAAAUAAAAAAAUGAAUCCUCUUAACAUAUAACAUUCUGUAACUUGUAUUUGGGAGAGAGAGAGAAAAAAAAAUGUAUUUAAAUCUGCUAUAUCUACUACAGGUAUAAUCAAUACAAUUGCUACUCAAUUUCUGUUUGAAGUUGUAUACAGUAUGUACCCUUGCGCAUCAAAGUUAUAUGCAUUAGAGUUUUUGAACACAGAAACAAUAGUUGCGUAUCUUGUCAAAAAGCAAAGAGCUUUUCAUUUUGCAUUGCAAAACAUUCAAAAGUAUUUUACAUUAGUGCUUAUGUUAUGUUUUAUAUUACAUAUUACAUUCACUGUUUAUUGCCAUACAGUAUUCACAAUAUUCUAAUGUUCUACUGUGUCAUUACAAGUAUUGUAACAUACCAUUCCCUUUACUGCGAUGGGUUAGGUAUUGACAUUAUAAAAAACUAAUGUUUGGUAAGAAAUAUAAAUAUAUUAGUUCAAGUUUACAAUGUUAUUUUAUGGUAUAACGGGGGUGGGGGGGGGGAUUGUACAUUCUGCUUUGGUGUUUUGUGAAUAUUCUUGUUAUUCAUACAUAGAGGUUACACCCAUGUCUCCAUAAAUGCUGGUUACAUAAGAGUAUACUUGAUUUCUAUACCAGAGUCCUCUAUUUGAAAUACUUGCUUCCAUCACUCUGCUUGAAAUAUGUUUGUGAAACGCAAAGCGUUUUAUUCACGUGGGUAUUCAUUUUAUUGCAUUCUGUCUGCAUCAAAUGUAAUCAUGCAUUUAUAACAUUGAGUUAGUUGCACUUCAGUUAUAGGACAUUUUGAACAUUUAUCCUGUCAACCAUUCAUCUUGUAUAUUUAUCUGAACCUUUAUCUUGUAUCAUUAGAGGCAAUCAUUUACUUGUAAUUACUUAGGCCUAUCACUGCAUCCAAUCAGUCCAAAAUAUGAAACUGACAUUUUUUUUUUAGGUGAAAAAAACAAAACAUGAAUGGCUGGGAAGAUUUGUUUAACCCAUUUUGAAAAUUGAUGAUCAUUAUUAAUAAUGUCUGUCAAACUGUUUACAUGGGGUUAUCUUUUACUGUUUCCCCCCCCCCCGCCACAGUUUCUACUAGAUACCCGUGGAUCUGUUGCAAUAUCUUCUAGCAACUUAUUGCGACGGCAAACUUCCUUCUCAGAACGUUUUACUUUCUUCUCAGAACAUUCAAGUAUUUAUUUCAAUGGAAUUGUAAGGCCCAUGCUACGAACACGUUGUAAUCACUAUGAUAGGAAUUUGUAUUCAUUGUUUUACUAUCCCUGCAUGAUUGUUGAGUGUUGAAAGUUGUGUAAUAAACUAAUUAUAAAUAUA